AUGACAGAGGAACCCACCAAUCAAGAAUUACCAGUUUCUGCGUCAGAUCCGCUGAAAGAUCUUACCAACGAACUCUUGGGAAUAUCGUACUAUCCGGUUGCUUCCGGAGGUUUUGGGGACAUCUGGAAGUGUCUUUUAGUGAAGUCCAGUGAGACCGUCCAGGUAGCAGUGAAGACCAUUCGGGCUUUCGAGUCAGAUGACGAGGUUUUGAUACGGAAGAAGACAAAGAGAGUGCGUCGUGAGCUGACAGUUUGGGGCCGUCUCAAACAUAUUAGCAUUGUUCCACUUUGGGGAGUAGCAAACAACUUUGGGCCCUAUCCCGCAAUGAUUUGCCCAUGGGCCGAAAAUGGAACACUCACCAACUUUCUUGAGUGCCAAAAGGACAAAUUGUUGUAUCAAGAUAGGUUCUCCCUUCUUAAUGAUAUCGCCCUCGGAUUGCAGUACCGUUCGUCGUCUUUCACUGCCUUCGAAAGGUAUACUCACGCCCGAUUGACUUUUCAGUCAAAUGUUUUGAUUUAUGGCGACGGUCGGGCAUGUCUCGCUGACUUUGGUCUCUCGACUAUUAUUUUGGAGUUCAUUGGUACCUCUUAUUUCACGACUUCUAUCAGUGGGAAUAUCCGAUGGGCAGCUGCAGAGCUGUUUGAAGUACCAGAGGAUGACGAUGAUGACGAGGCGGCAUCGGUGUCGCUCAGCAUCGAGUGUGAUAUUUAUUCAUUUGGUAGUAUCACCUUGCAGGUGUUGACUGGCAAAGUACCCUACUACAAUGUGAAGAAGGACAAUGUAGUGUUGGUACAAGUCCUCAGAGGUAAGAAACCUGAGCCUCCCAAGGAGUCGCAAAUAGAGCUGGCGCACUGGGAGUUCAUAAAGCGAUGCUGGUUGCCUCGUAUCAAUCGUCCAUCGGUUGGAGAAGCCGUAGCGUUUGUUGCAUGUGAACGACAAGUCCCGUCAUCCUAG